AUGUGCUUUCUUGUUAUAGUACUCUUCAAAAGUUCUGCAAUUGGGUCUCUCAAUGCUGCUGAAGUUUUAUCUAGGUUGUUAGAGGAUGCUCUGAGUAAAGGCGAUAUUAAGGGUAUAAGGCUCAGUAGGGGAGGUCCAGUUAUCUCUCAUAUCUUUUUUGCGGAUGACUUAAUUCUUGUUGGCAAAGCUAACUUGAUGGAAGCUAGAAACUACUGGCAUUGUCUUGAGAGAUUCUGCUCUUGGUCGGGGCAACGAGUUAGCAAAUUAAGAACCUCGAUUUUCUUUAGCAAAAAUACUUUCAAUGGAUUGAAAAGAGGGAUCAAGGAAGCUUUGGGGAUUGGAUUUCCUGAGGGUAACAUUAAGUACAUGGGUCUUCCCUUUUUCCACUCUAGACAAAAGGAUGCGGAUUUCAACUUCAUACUGGAUAAUCUCACUUCUAAGUUGCAAGGUUGGAAAGCAAAGACCUUAUCUAAGGCGGGGCAAGCUACCCUUAUCAAGUCUGUGGGCCUGUCCUUGCCUUUGUAUGCUAUGCAAACUACCAAACUCUCUAAUCGAAUUGUCACAAGAAUUGACGCUUUGGUGCGUGAUUUCUGGUGGGGUUUUGAAAAAGGCAACAAUGGUCUUCACCUAAAAGCAUGGGAUAAGCUUUGCCUCCCCAAGUCUCUUGGGGGCCUUGGUUUCCGAAAAACUAGGGAGAUGAACCAGGCUUUUCUGGCGAAGUGGGGGUGGAACAUUCUUAAUGGUUCUCAGUCUCUAUGUUGCCGAAUUUUGGCAGCUAAAUACCUUAGAGGGAAGGAUUUCAUUAACUGUAGCUAUAAAAUUCAGAUACUUGGUUCUGGAAAAAUUGGUGAAUGGGAUAUCCAUAAAUUGAAUGGCCUUCUCGAUCUAGAAACGGUUUUUGCAAUCUUAAAAGGGGGUAACCCCUCUGGCCAGGGUAAUGAUAAAUGGAUUUGGACUCUUGAAAGUAAUGGUCGUUUUUCGUGCAAAUCUGCCUACCUGGCUCAGGCUUUGGAAAGGGCUCCCCAUUAUGAGAGAGGAAUUCCUGCUGAUGAGGUUUUCCUUUAUGCUUCGAUUGUUGUUGACACCAUUUGGCGAAUACGAAAUGACAAGGUACAUAAUGAAUCUUCUAUUGAUGUGAAGAAGUGUAUUGACUCUAUUUGUACUUCAUUUGCAGAUUUACAUGCUUCUAUUUUCCCUUCCCCUACUUCGAGCCUGAAGGAGGAGUGGCAUCCCCCCCUCUCAGGAUUGGAUUAA